CUUCCACCACUAUUUAACCCCAACCGACUACUACACAGAUUCUUCAUUCUUCAUUUCUCUCCUUCUUCACCCAAAAGGCCGAAACUGUAGAACUCAACCGAAAGUGGCUGCCAUUUCUGCCCAGAAACGAAGCUCUCAUCUUUGUCAACUUUUCUCACCAGUGAGUAGCUCCUUCUUCUUCACUCUCUUCACUCUGCAUUAACAAUGCAUAGGCAGUGCCAUUUCUUGUUCUUGCUCUUGUGCUUCUCUGUUUCUAUAAACAGUGUAACUAGUUUGAGCUCUGAUGGGCUUGCUUUACUGUCCCUCUUAAACCACUGGACUUCGGUCCCCGAACCCAUUUCUUCAAGCUGGAUUCUUUCUGAUUCCACACCUUGCAAAUGGGUAGGAGUAGAAUGUGACCCUGCCCUCCAUGUUUUUGCCUUGAAUGUCUCUAGUUAUGACAUUUAUGGUCAGUUAGGACCUGAAAUUGGGAACUUGAGUCGCUUACAGACUCUUGUUUUGAGUUUCAAUAAUUUUUCAGGCCAGAUCCCCUUGGAGUUGGCUAGUUGUAGUCUUCUUGAGACCUUAGAUUUGUCUGGAAAUGGGUUUAGUGGAAAAGUACCUGAUAAUUUGCAUGAGUUGAGGAGUUUACAGUACUUGAGAUUGAGUGAUAAUUUUCUGGAAGGACAGAUUCCUUCAUCUAUUGGAAAUUGUAGCCAACUUGUGGAAUUGGAUUUGAGUUUUAACCAGUUGAGUGGAGUUUUGCCGGAGAGUUUGAACAACCUUAAGAACCUGUCUAUUAUACAAGUCAGGGAUAAUAGUCUUGAGGGAAGCAUUUCUUUUGGCUCAGAAAAUUGCAAGAACUUGGUUUUCUUGGAUUUGUCAUCCAAUAAUUUUAGUGGAAGUCUUCCUUCAGCCCUUGGAAAUUGUACUGGUCUAGAGGAAUUUUCAGCUGCAGUUAACCAAUUAGUUGCUCCAAUACCUUCUUCCUUUGGCCUACUAGAUAAGUUACAACUGUUGUACCUUCCUGAGAAUCAGCUGUCUGGGAAAAUACCUCCAGAACUUGGUAAUUGUAAGUCCUUGACCGGACUACAAUUGUAUACGAACCAACUUGUUGGAGAAAUUCCUGAUGAAUUGGGAAUGUUGACCAGCUUGGAGGACCUUGAGUUAUUUCAAAACAACUUAACUGGUGAAAUUCCAGUUAGCAUAUGGAGGAUUCAGACUCUUCAAUAUGUUCAUCUCUACAUGAAUAACCUCACUGGGGAGUUACCUAUAGAGAUGAUUGAGCUGAAGCAACUGAAAAGAAUCACAUUGUAUAACAACCAGUUUUAUGGAGGUGUACCUAAAGCUUUGGGGAUCAACAGCAGCUUAGAGCAGAUAGAUUUCAUGUACAACCGGUUCAAUGGUAGCAUCCCUUCAAGUCUUUGCCAUGGAAAGCAGCUAAUGGUAUUGAAUAUGGGGUUCAACCAAUUUCAAGGUCCCAUACCUUCUGAUGUUGGAAGUUGUUCAACUCUUUGGAGGUUAAGACUCCAACAGAAUAACUUGAUUGGAGUUCUUCCACAAUUUGUGAAAAAUUCCAACCUUUCACUUAUGGACAUCAGCAGCAAUAAGAUUAGUGGAGAAAUUCCAUCAAGCUUGGGAAACUGUAGAAACCUCACCACCAUCAACUUGUCCAUGAAUAAGUUAACCGGAGUUAUACCAGAGGAGCUUGGGCACCUUGCUGAUCUUCAAGCCUUGGAUCUUUCCCACAACAGAUUGGUGGGUGCUUUGCCUACUAGCCUAUCCAAUUGUACCAAAAUGCAGCAGUUUGAUGUGGGGUCUAAUCUUUUGAAUGGCUCCAUUCCUUCGAGUUUGGGUAGUUGGAUAGGUUUAUCUAAAUUGGUAUUAAGUGAGAACAGGUUUACUGGAGGCAUUCCAAUGUUCUUGUCAAAAUUUGUAAAGCUUUCGGAGCUACAACUUGGUGGAAAUUUGUUCGGAGGUGUGAUUCCAUCAUCAGUUGGAGCACUGCCAAAUUUGUUUUAUGCUCUGAACCUUAGCAGUAAUGCAUUGACAGGUGAGGUUCCCCCAGAGAUUGGAAAGCUGACCAUGCUACAGCGGCUAGAUUUAUCUCAUAACAACUUGACAGGGAGUUUAAGAGUUCUUGAUGGGAUGAAAUCAUUAACUGGGGUCAAUGUUUCAGUCAACAGCUUCACCGGUGCAGUACCAGAAACACUGAUGAACCUGUUGAAUUUAUCCUCAUUUUACUUUUCCAGCAACCCCUCCUUAUGUGUCAGCUACCUUCCUUCAUGUGGCUUCACUUGUGCCGGAAACAACACUAUUAAGCUCUGUAAUAGUCCAUCAAGCAAGCCGAAAGGACUUAGCAAAGUGGGAAUUGCAUUUAUAGCCCUCGGAUCAUCAAUACUUGUUGUUUCCCUGCUGUAUCUACUGGUGUUUUUGUUUUGCUUGAGCAGAAGGACUAAACAGGAGCUUGGGGUCUCAGCUCGAGAGGGUCCAACUUCCUUACUCUCCAAAGUCUUGGAGGCUACUGAGAACCUCAAUGAUAGAUACAUUAUUGGGAGAGGAGCCCAUGGAACUGUUUAUAGAGCUUCUUUAAGUGAAGACAAAGAUUUUGCUGUCAAGAAGCUUGUAUUUGCAGGGCAUGAAGGGAGGCGUUUGAGCAUGGUUAGAGAACUUCAAACCCUUGGGAAGAUCAAGCACCGGAAUCUGGUUAAAUUGGAAGACUUUUGGUCAAGACAGGACUAUGGCUUAAUCUUGUAUAGAUACAUACCAAAUGGUAGCCUUCAUGAUGUUUUACAUGAAAGUAGUCCACCACUUAUACUGGAGUGGAGUGUCCGCUACAAGAUAGCACUGGGAACUGCAUACGCUUUGGAAUAUCUCCAUUAUGAUUGUGAUCCCCCAAUAGUGCAUCGAGAUAUCAAGCCAAUGAAUAUUCUCUUAGACUCUGAUAUGGAAGCUCACGUUGCUGAUUUUGGUAUUGCUAAACUUUUGGAUCAGUCUUCUCCUUCAUCGGUGUCCAUCUCAGUUGUUGGUACGACUGGAUAUAUGGCACCAGAAAAUGCAAUCAGAACAGCAAACAGUGUGGAGUCUGAUGUGUACAGUUAUGGGAUUGUUUUACUUGAGCUGAUAACUAGAAAGAAGGCAUUGGAUCCAUGUUUUAAUGAUCAAACUGACAUUUUAGGAUGGGUUAGAUCAGUGUGGAGUGGCACAGAAAAAAUUGAUAGGAUUGUUGAUUCGAGCCUUGUGGAAGAACUUCGGGACUCAAGCAUCAGAGACCAGGUUGGCGAUGUACUUCUGGUGGCUCUCAGCUGUACUCAUAGUGAUCCGAAAAAGCGACCAACGAUGAGAGAUGUUGUCAAGCAAUUAUUGGAUGUGAAUUCCCCAACGAGUAGCAGAAAAUUCUAGCUUUGUUUAACAUGUAGUUCUAAUGCAUUAGUAGUUCAUCAUAAUGUGAAUUUGUAUAGAAAUUGUAUUCUCUCUUUGUAGCCAUAUCCAUAGUUUAGUCAACAAAGUAAGAAUUGGAAGACUGA